AUGAAUAAAUUAUAGUUUGUCUUUAAAUUUUGCACCGAGCCUCAAAAGUCGAUCUAUAAACUUGAGAAUGCUCAAAAAUAUAUCUCUGAUUUAGUCCAAAAGACUGAUUGGAUCAGCUUUGCAAUAUCUAAACAUAUCCCCAAACAAGUGAGAUAAGAUUAUUUGAACAUUUGUCAAUUUCAUAAUGAAUUAGCCAGAAUUGAAGAAACCUCUAAAGAGAGAUCCCUUGGAGUAGGCAAACUUUAAUAUUGGUCUGAUCAAAUCGAUUAAAUUUUUUUAGAUAAUCCUUAAAGAGAUCCUUUAUCAAUUUGCCUUCAUAACAGUUGCAAAAACAACCCAUUACCAAAAUAUCUCUUUCAAAAAAUGAUAAAUUAUCGCAAAUAACAAGUGGAGAGGGGAGAAUUUGCAAAUCUUGUAGAUAUGGCGACAUCGGCAGAAGCAAACAGAGGGUCGCAAUUUUUAUUGUUUUUGAGGUUGAUGAGGAUGGAUAUAGAGAAUCAGGAUCUAAAAUAAUUAACAGAGUUUUCGGCUUAAGCAGUUGGAAUUACAGAUUAUCUUAGGAGAGUGCCAUUCACACUUUAAAAUUAUAAACUAAGUUUACCAGAGGAUAUUAAAUUUAAACAUAACAUCAAUGUUAGGUCACUUUGGGACAGAAUUAGAGGUGAGCCAAAGGAAGAAUUAUAUGAUGUAGUUUUAGAAGUGGCUGCAUUUGCAAGAUCCUAAAUGAUCAAGUCUACAUCAUUUUAGAAUAAGAUUCCACCUUAAUCAUUCAGAGCAUUUUUGCAUUUAACACCGACUGAGCAAUACUUAGAAGAGUUGGAAUAUUAUAAUUUUAAGAUAUUUGAAAAAGCGAUCAAUUAAAAUUCAUAUGUGUAAUUACCCAUAACUCUAUUUAAAAAUUGCAGAAAGAUGAAGUUUGUAAGCAAAGAUUACGAAUAGAAAUGA